GACGCAGCUCGCAGUGAACAACAAACAAACAAAAUUAUUAAUAACACUAAUAAUUAUUGCCGUUCCGUACUCGGCGGUUUCUAAAUAGUCGUCGGGAUUAUGACAAACGCGCAAAAUCGCCUCAAGUCCACAAUGUCGGGUAUUUUUCCAGUGGCGCCAUCUAAUCCGGGACGCAAUUUUCUCAGCGAAAAUAAAAAGAGUCUUCGCUCACUGGAGCAGACAACAACGGAAAAGCUGGCAGCCAGAGAGCCAGUGCGUCCCAAGUGGAUGCCACCGAUGCGCCGUGCCGCCACCGAGAUAAGCGAUUCGAAAGGUGGCAGACCCCAAGCACAACCCCAGCAAACUCCCCGUGAGAGCAGUCUAAUGCGUAACCGCCUCAACUCGUGUUCGCAUCAACAAUUGGGUGUGGGUGCUGCAGAAUCUGGCCAACGUGUUGGCCGCCCGGAAAAGCGCGCUCCGGUGUAUUACGACCGCUCGGAGGAGGCAGCACAGUCGCGGGACUGCAAUUCGUGCUACACACGCCGCAACAGUGCCAAAAACAUUGCCACUCAAACGGAAGACAUCAACGACGAACUCUACCUCACAAAUGCACUCAAAAAGUGCCAUUUUGAUGGGGCUUCCAUGAUGGGUGAGCGCGAGUCGCCCAAUAAGUACGAUAAGUACUACGAGGAACAGCAACCCCAGCACAUUUCCCACCACAUGAUUGAGGAUCAGAAAACUGCAUAUUCACGCGAAGAUGUGCGUAUUCCUCGCUUUCUUGAAAAGGAUAAGGAGAAGCGCGAUAAGGCCGCUGCCCAGGAGUUGGCCAACGCAAGUGAUCCAGACUGUAUGCUCGCGGAGCAGGCUCGUGUUGGCCACCUAAACACCGCACAGAAGCGCUAUGAUGGCCUCAUUAGUGAAAUAAAUCGCAUGCCCAUCACCUCGCAGAGUCUGUGGGUGCGCAACCGCAAGGCGGAAAUUGACAAGGAGCUGGCUGUUGUAGACGAGGAGAUUCGCGUCUACUCCAAGCCCAAGCUAUACAUUAACUGUAGCAAAAAUAAGUAAACCAGAUACACCUAACAAGCGACCCUCAACACUCUCUACACGCCACAUAAAAACAAAGAAUUUGCAUUGACUGGCUGGUUAGGUGUUAUUGCUAAUAGCAAUCCCCGCCCCAAACACUAAAAUAAACAAUGAACAAUGACAAUCAACGUACACGUACACUGAGAAACUGAAGAACAUUAAACACAACUUUCAUAAAUACACAAUUAAAAUGUGUGCAGCCAAUUAA